AUGAUUGAUUUGUCAGAGAUACCGGCGAUCCUGCGGCGCCACCUGGUCUGGUUGAUCGUGUGCCCGAUCGUCUUUGCGGUCCUUGCACUCACCUACGCCGCUCUCAAGACGCCGGUCUACCAGACCAGCGCGGAAUUGCUGGUGCAGCCGGACGGGGUUCAGAUCAUCGGGACAGAUCCGACGGCGCCGGGCAGAAGCCAGACCUUGCAGGCGAUGGAUCUUGAUAGCCAGACCUUCGUGAUCCUGUCCGCGGGUGUCCUGAACGAAGUCGCCAACAACCUUAAACUCGAUAGCGAUCCGGGUUUUUAUCAGCCCGGCCUGCGAAACAGGCUGCUUUCUGUCAUCGGAGGUGGCCUUUCCGGCAACUCCAGGUCUUCUUCCGAUGUUCGGGCCGCAACGCUGGAAGCCCUGAGAGAGGCGAUCAACGUCUUUCGGCUGGGCCGAUCAUUCGUCUUUUCGAUCACUGUCAGCCAUCCCGACCCCGAGCUGGCAGCGUCAAUUGCCAACGAAACCGCCCGGGUCUACAUCGAGCAAAACCGAAGCACACGGACCGAAGCAUUGGCCCGAGCCAGCACGACCCUGGGCAAGCAGGCGCAGCAAUUGCGUUCACGCGUCGAAACAGCGGAAGCUGCGGUGGAAGCCUACAAGGCGCGACAAGGUUUGAUCAGCACCUCCGGCGGGUCCGUCAUCGACCAGCAGCUGGACGCGCUGAACACCCAAAUCACCGAUGCACGGGUCGAACUGGAGCGCGCAAAGUCACUCUAUGACCAGAUGGCGCCCCUGACGCUGUCCGACGUGGAGGCAGGUGCGGUUCCGGGCGGCACAGAAAACACGGUCCUGAGCUCACUGAGGGUCCAAUAUGCCCAGGCCCAGUCGACAGUCAACGCUCUCGAGCUGCAGUCGAAAAAUCUCCAGUCGCAGAAUACGGUGCAGGGCAAGGCCCUGAUCGAACUUCGGCAGCUGCAAAGUGAAGCCGGUGCGAGCCGGGCGGUCUACGAAGCCUUUCUGAAACGCUCCAGAGAACUUGAAGAACUUCCGGAGCUCGACACAAGCACGACCCGUAUUUUGUCCGAGGCUCCCGUUCCGACCACUGCGAGCGGGCCCAAGAAAAUUCUCGUGCUUGGUGCCGCCCUGGUCUUCGGAUUUGCUGUUGCGGCGUCGGGAGCGGUGUUGCUGACAGUUCUCAGGGGACCCAUGAUGUCCGAACGGCAACUUGUCACGCAAACAAGUGCCCCCAUCCUGGCCAACCUGAACAAACCGGCGCAGGAAAGCGCGUCCCUGAUAAGAUUGCCGCAUCUGGCCGGAACCGAUCGAACACAGCUGGAGUCCAAGGCUGCAAUCGCACGGGUUCGGGUCGCCUACGCACUCAGAAAUGCAAUCGCCUAUAAUCGCCCAGCCAACAUCCUUGCUCUUUCGGUCGGACGCACCGGCGACACCUCCGAGUUUGUUCGCAGCGUCGCGGAAGAACUCCAUGACAUGGGUGAAGAGAUCCUCUUUGCUCAUACGACCAACAAUCGCCAGGUCGAAACCAAAGCCCCCCGUAAACCUCAACCGGUCACUCCGGGAAUAGACGCCAUUCAAACGAUUGCCGCCAAGCUUUCGAGCUCAAGUGGCGCGGUGCCUCGGUCAGCCGGUGCCGCCGAUGCGGCCGGUCUUGCCGGGUACCUUCGUGUGGAGCACAUCGAUCCUCGCAAGAAAUAUGCGUCAGGCGGCGAUCUCGGUUCCGCAAAUGAAGAUAUUCUGCUUGUCGACGCAGGGAACAUCGAUGAAAGCCCGAUGCUGCCGGUCCUGCUACGGCAUUGCGACGGCAUCAUUCUGAUCACGGCAGUAGGAGACACCAACGAGACCGAGUUCGAGCACGCAGCCGCCUUCCUGGAACCCUGGUAUAUUGCGGUCCCGACAGCACCGGACCUGGAGCGGACACAGUACCGGCUUUGGCUGAAAGCCGUCUAUGCAGUGGUCGUCGGAACUCUUCUUUUCAAUUUUGUCCUGGCCUUCGUGAACACCAAUGUGUUCCGAAUUUCCGAAAGCCACGUGAUCCUGUCGGAAAUGGCAUUGCUUGCAGUCGCACUUUUCCUGAUCUUCAGCCGCAACACCCUGCUGUUACUGAUUUUACUGCUCUAUUUCAGCUACAUGGCGCUGAUCCUCACCUUGCGACCCGAGCUGGAUCUCAAGGCGAUCCGCGAUUUCCUAAUCCCGAUCGUCUUCUAUUUGAUCGGCAGGAACUUCAGACAAAUCGAGGAUGCGGACAGACUGGUGUGGAUCAGUGCCCUUGUCGUCCUGUCGGUCGGGUUUUUCGAGUUUGUCUUUCUUGAUGUCUAUACCGGACUCGUGAGCAUCUUCGACUAUUACGUUGCCCGUGGGACGCUGAGUGCAGAUGCCAAUUUCAUCGAAGGCUCCAAUCUCUUUGUCUCCAGCACACGCGUAGACGGACGGAAUUUUCUUGAAUUCCUGGGGAACGUUCGUGCCUCGUCGGUGUUCCUGGAACCUGUGACAAUGGGCAAUUUCGGCGCCUUCCUGUGCCUCUGGGCGCUUUUCCGUUCAGGUAUGCGUUAUCGCUCACUGAUGUUUGCUGCCGCUUUCGCAGCCGUCAUUCUCCCAGACGCCCGUUUUGGAAUGUUCGUUUGCGUUGCAAUGGUCGCCGCAGCGGUGGCUGGACUCUUUCUGCCCAGGGUGACCUGGUGGAGCUUGCCGCUGCUGAUCGUUUUCGCACUCGGCCUCUACGGAGGCUGGUCGACACAGAUCGGAUGGAGUGACGAUUUUGCAGGCCGACUGGUGCACGCAAGCCAGUUGCUGCAGAAAGUCACGCCGGAGAUCCUGUUCGGUGUCGACGGAAAUGUGCCGUUCCUUGCAGACAACGGCUUUGCCUAUUCACUCGCGCAAAUCGGCGCCAUCGGUCUUAUCGCCCUGUGGACCUGCUAUAUUUUCGCACCUUACGAAGAUCAGCGCGCGAUACAGUUCAAGGCAUUGGCCGCGACCUACAUCGCGCUGCUCAUGACAAUUUCCAACUCAUUUUAUUCGAUCAAGCUUGCUGCGCUCUUCUGGAUAGUUGCCGGCGCGGCCGACGAUCUGAGCGCAUGA